UUGAAUCCAAGAGAUGUAAGAGGUGAGGCACUGCGCAGCAUAUCUCACACGGAUUACGUGGGAACAGACGCUGCCACUCUUUCUUCAAGCAACCUGUAGGGUGAUUGACCAAACAGUGCUUGGUUCCUGCUGAUCAGCAAGAUGUCGCUUUACAACUGGGCAAAGUAUGACCCGAAGUACUACCUGAACGGUGCCCUGUGCGGAGGAAUUUGUUGCUCAAUCACACAUGGUGCCUUAUGUCCAGUGGACGUCGUGAAGACUCGUAUCCAGCUGGACCCAGUGAAGUACCAGGGUGGUUUGCUGAGUGUUGGUAAGCAAGUCGUGGCCGAAGAAGGUGCUGGCGUGCUGGCCACUGGUUUGGGACCCACUGCAGCCGGCUACUUUGUGCAAGGCUGGUUCAAGUUUGGUGGCAAUGAGUUUUUCAAGAUCCAGUUCUGCAAGUCUUUGGGUGACCAAAAGGCUUGGGACAUGAAGACACCCAUCAUGCUUGGUGCCUCUGCUUGUGCGGAGUUCAUUGCGGACAUCUUCCUGUGCCCCUUGGAAGCAGCUCGAAUUCGUCAGGUGUCUGAUCCAACCUUCCCCAAGGGCACCUUCACUGCGAUGAAGGAGUUGAUGGCCAGAGAGGGAAUCAUGGGCUGGUACGCCGGCCUUGUUCCAAUUCUGUUCAAGCAGAUCCCCUACACCAUGGCCAAGUUUGCAGUUCAGGGCAGCACAGAGAUUUCCAUCUACAGUGCAUUGCCAACCAAGAGAGAGAACCUGAGCAAGGCAUCCAAAAUGGGUGUUUCCGUGACCUCUGGCUUCAUUGCUGGAGUCGCAGCGGCCAUCAUUUCGCACCCCGCAGACUCGCUCCUCUCAAAGAUCAACAAGAAGGGUGCCGGUGGAGAUGGUGGCAUGCUUUCCCGCCUUGCAAACAUUGCCAAAGAGACGGGCUUUGUCAAGCUUUGCACGACUGGUCUUGGACCAAGGUGCAUCAUGAUUGGCACGCUCACAGCAGGACAGUUCUUGAUCUUUGACACCUUGAUGCCCAUCAUGGGCGUUGAGAAGUUCCACUUCCACGAUCCAUCUAAGCCUCAUUGAGCAGUGGAGCAUGACGACGUCAAUUUGGUUUUGUGUGAACCCUUGUGACCCUGCCCAAUGGGCAAGUACAACCUUAGGGAAAGCAGAUCAAAUCAAAAGGCAAGCUAAUGAA